CAAACAGCUUGGAUGUAACACAGUUCCAUUGCGGUAGACAUGGUUCUGAAUAUUCCCUCUCUCUCGUUUCUCACCUUAAUUUUCCUGUUUUCUUCACCCCUGGCAGAGACGAUUGAUUUCAGUUAUCCGGCAGUGUUCAACUUUGGAGAUUCGAAUUCCGACACGGGUGGUCUUGUUGCUGCAGGGAUCGGUGAAAGUCUUGACCCACCUAAUGGACAGACCUAUUUCCACAAGCCAUCUGGGCGGUUCUGUGAUGGCCGCCUGAUCAUUGAUUUCCUGAUGGAUGCAAUGGACCUGCCAUUUCUAAAUGCCUACUUGGACUCUGUUGGCACACCAACUUUCCAGAAGGGUUGUAAUUUUGCAGCUGCAGGCUCUACUAUACUCCCAGCAACUGCAUCAUCUGUCAGCCCAUUUUCAUUUGGGAUUCAGGUUGCUCAGUUUUUCCGAUUCAAAGCUCGUGUUCUUGAAUUGCUGUCUAAAAGCAAGAAACCAAAUAAAUACCUCCCCCUGGAAGGUUAUUUCAACCAGAGCCUUUACAUGUUUGACAUAGGCCAAAACGAUCUUGCUGGUGCAUUUUAUUCUAAAACAGAGGACCAAGUUAUUGCUUCAAUUCCAACCAUCUUGUUGGAGUUUGAAGCUGGAAUUAAGAGGUUAUAUGACCAAGGGGCAAGGAGGUUUUGGGUUCACAAUACUGGUCCUUUAGGAUGCUUACCUCAGAACAUUGCCACAUUUGGAAAAGAUCCAUCUAAGCUUGAUGAACUAGGAUGUGUCAGCUCACAUAAUCGUGCUGCUAAACUUUUCAAUUUACAGCUACAUGCUCUUUGCAGAAAAUUACAGGGCCAAUUUAUUGAUGCAAACAUUACUUAUGUCGAUGUUUUUUCAAUAAAGGUCAACCUAAUAGCAAACUAUUCUCGAUACGGGUUUGAACAACCCAUAAUGACUUGCUGUGGGUAUGGAGGUGCACCAUUAAACUAUGACAUUCGGAUCUCAUGUGGCCAGACCAAGACUCUGAAUGGGAGCUCAGUUACAGCCAAAGGGUGCAAUGAUACAACUGAAUAUGUAAACUGGGACGGAAUCCACUAUACUGAAGCUGCAAAUCAAUAUGUCUCAUCUCAAAUACUGACUGGAAAAUAUUCUGACCCACCUUUCUCAGACAAAAUGCCGUUCCUUCUCAAGCUCAAGUUCUAAGGAGCCAACUUAUUCUUUUCUGCUGUAAUAAAUUCACAUUUUUCUUUUUAA